GCAGCAUCCCCCGCCAUGAUGCCCGGCAGAGCCUGAGUCACCAGGGCGUGGCGCCGUCCUCCUCCCUCCCCUCUCUGUAUUGUUAUCGCUCCUCUCCCUUCGCCGCUCACACGGGUGGCGCACUUCUCUCCAACCCGGCAUCCCAGGCAGCGCGCAUUGUCCGGCCGGUCACAGCCCCGUCCCUCAGCCGCCGCCGCCAUGGAGGACCAAUCCCCGUACGUGACAUCCAGCAGUUAUGGGAAGGAGGAUGCUGAGGAUCAGCACCGCGGACCUGGGGAGGCCAAGCCCUGGGACAUUGACGACGUGCUGGAUCUGACCGGGGGCGCCGGCCAGCUCUCUCACCCCACCUUCUCCGUCUCCUUCCCCGGUAAGGAGGCCGCCCCCGCCGCUGAGGAGGACGACGAGGAGGAGAAGGGGAGCUACCUGGACAGCCUGGAGCCGUCACCCGAGGACGAGGAUCCCAGCAGCAUCGGCAGCGACCUGCCCAGGGCCACGGUCAUCCCCAGCGCCCCCCAGGAGGAGCACGACAGGCCGGCCGCCCCGCACAGCGCCCCCGCCAGGCCAGCCUCCGCCGAUGUGAACCUCUUUCCUCUUCCUGCUUCAUCUGCACCUCUGAUGCACUCCUCUUCAGGCAAGUUCUGUCAGCCUUCUAGCACUGUGCCUGCUGGCCAAGAGGAGCUUUCAUCUCUGCUGCUUGAGUCUGCUACUUCCCUUCAUUCUCUGUCUCCCCUCUCUGCCGAUUCCUCUAAAGAGCAGCUUGUCGCCUUUCCUGCUGACUCCACCACACCAGAAGCUUUUAAAGAUCCCAUUAGAGAUGAGCGCGCAGUGUCAAGGACCCUAGAUGAUUUUCCUAUAGUAGAGAAGUUAGCUAGCGGCCUAGAAUAUCGUUUUCCUGAAGCAACAGACCACAAAGGCACUUCUGUUGCGCAAGAAAAAGGGGAAGACCUGUUCUUUUCGGAGAGAGGUUAUGCUGUUGAGCACCCCACUUCAUUUCCCGAAUCUUCUUCUUCUGGAGACCAUGCAAAAUUAUAUACCCAAUCCGCUAAGGAGAUGUUUUCAGGAAUGCUUAAGUCUGUCGAACCACCUCAUGAAGAGUUUUCAGAUCUCAAAGAAGGUCCUGAUGAACAGUAUGUGGAUUUCAAGCCUUUAGCAAGCACGUGGGGCUAUGGCGGUGACUUUGAACCUAGAGAUGUCUCGGUAGACCUUAAAAGCAACAUUACGAAGUCUCUUUUUGAAUCCAAGUUUGAGGAAAAAUAUGAUGAAGAAAAGGAUGUAGAUGUAUCUGAUGACAUAUCUCCAGCCUCGCCUGAGGCAACCUCCGAUUCCCCAAAUUACAACAUGUUUGCUCCCUUACAGCAGACCAACCCCUUUUCGUUUGGCGGAAAUCAAGUGGCUGACAACGUAACCGAUGAGAGAAAGAUGGAAGAACUAAAAUCUCACGUUCCUCCUUCCCGUUUAGGGGCAAAUGUUGCAACUGUUAACCCAUUCCUUGUCAACGAAGAAGCAGACUAUGUCUCAACUGAUACUGUACAUGGAAGUGUUGCAAGCAAACCAGAAGGGCUUACCCCAGAUAUUGUGCAAGAAGCAUAUGAAAGUCAUGACACUGGCGUGCCAAAGCUAGGCUAUGAACCAAAGAUUGAUUUGGUUCAGACUGCUGCUAAAGCUUCACAGGAAAGCGUCAGUCCGUCAGUACAGAACGUGGCGCUGUUCGAGGAUGCAGAUUCAGUCUCCUCGCCUGUGUUGCCUGACAUUGUAAUGGAAGCCCCUGUCACAUCUGCCCCAGCUGGUCUUGAUGCCUUGGCCCCCCAGCCUGAUGUUUCCCCAGUUGGACGCAUAACCCCUGUAAGUGAAGAGAAAAUAAAGUUUGAAUCUGAGAAGCCGCUGUCCUAUGAGGAAGCGAUCAAUAAAGCAAGCGCAAAGGAACAAGAACAUGUUCCUGUACAUGUGGAAACUGUAAAGGAGGCACCCCUAGAAGAUCCAGAAACACCAUAUAUAUCCAUAGCGUGUGACCUUGUAAAGGAAAUUAUACCAGAGCAGGUGGCGACUGAUUUCUCUAAGGCAUUAAAGAGUGAAUUUGAUUCUCAGUUUUAUUCACACUUUGAGGAAAGUUCUCCAGAGUCUGAACAAAGUGAACCUUCAUACAAGCUCUGGGAAGCCGAGGUGAUUCCAAAAGAAACGUCUGCUUCUGUGUUAAGUACUGGGCGCAGUGUUACCCCAGAAAAGGAUGUGUUAAGUGAAAGUAAAUGGAAGGCCCCUUCACCUACCAAAUCCUACUUAGAGUCAACUCAGUCCAAGUCCUAUGAGAAUGUUGUAGCAGAGGAACCAAUUGUUCAGAAAUCCAACCCAGAUAAAAUUCUACAGAUGGAAGACUUUGGAAAAGCAGAUUACUCUAAAGACUUUGACAUUCCUUCCACCAUUACACCUAUAAAGGAGAGAUCCACACCCCAUAAAGAGGAACCAAGAGAUGUUAAGGCACCUAAGUGGCAGGAAGACCAGGUCCCAAAAGAGCAGCCUAAGGUGAAGGAAGAUGUGUCUGUGAAGGAGAAAGCCAAAGAAAGUUCUGAUAAGGUAGUUGACUUGAGCAACAAAGCAGGGUCUGGGCCCUCGAUCAAAGAAGAACCAGUUUCUAAGCCUGUGGUACCUGCAAAGGAACCCAGUGUUGUCACUCCAGCCAGUAAAGAAAAGAAAGAGACCUCUCCAGCGACCAUUCCCUUGGCUUCAUGUAAUUUCCAGAAUAAAGUUGUCGACCUCCUGUACUGGCGGGACAUUAAGAAGUCCGGAGCAGUGUUCGGCGCCAGCCUCUUCUUGCUUCUGUCUUUGACCGUCUUUAGCAUUGUCAGCGUAGCUGCAUAUAUCGCCUUGGCCCUGCUCUCUGUCUCCAUCAGCUUUAGAAUAUACAAAGGGGUUUUGCAGGCCAUUCAGAAAUCUGAUGACGGUCAUCCAUUCAAAGCCUUGUUAGAUUCCAAUAUCGCAGUGUCUGAAGACCUCGUUCAGAAGUAUUGUAAUGUUGCCCUAUCACACAUUAACUGCACGAUCAAGGAGCUGAGGCGCCUCUUCCUGGUGGAGGAUUUGGUGGACUCUCUAAAGUUUGCAGUGCUGAUGUGGGUGUUCACCUAUAUUGGUGCCUUGUUCAAUGGAUUGACCUUACUGAUCCUGGCACUGAUUUCUUUGUUCAGUAUUCCAGUUAUUUAUGAAAGACAUCAGACUCAGAUUGAUCACUACCUAUCACUCGUAAACAAGAAUGUUAAAAAUAUAUCAGACUUGGUCCAGUCUAAAAUCCCCGGACUGAAACGCAAAGCCGAUUAACCGCUACUAAAAAGAAAUCAAGUGUGCCGCAGAUACCGAUAGGAGCCUCGGAAUUUGAGCGCUGUGUAUUUGGAUUACACGGGGUGGGUCAGGGAAGACCAGCCUUGACAUUGCAGUGCAAUUUCCCAGAAAUCUACCUUUUUGUUUUGUCCAAAAAUUUUUUUUUUCGUCCUCCCUCCUUUUUGCAACGCAGUGUUUAAGGAAGAAACCAUUUGUUUUACUGCCAUGUGUUUUCAUUCUGAAUAUUGUAAGCUGCUAUGUAAGGGUUUGAAACUAUUUUUCUGUUUCUCCUGUGUGAAGCACCGUCUGAUACAGAACUCUUAUUUGUUUUCUAGCAUGCUGUAUAUUGUGCUUCAGAAGUAGAUCUACUGAGCUUCUCAUGGCCAUAAUGUUACUAAGUCCCUGCACUGUGUAUCAACAGCAAGUGGAGAUUUGCUUCAGUGUAGACCAGGCGCCCGGCGCACAGCGCUCUGCAUUUUACGCCCUCCCAGCACUGAACCCCCUUGUGAUCGUACCUAAAGAAACAACACUGCUUCUGUUCGGUAGGAUGGUAGCUCCAUCUCGUGAUUUUAUUGUUUUAUCAAUUGCCAAUAUCUAUAGUGUGUUCAGAGAGCAUAGCUCCGUCAGUCGCUCCCACAGUGCUUUCCAGGUUUUUUUUUUUUUUUUUCUAGAAGAAAAAAUAAAAAGACUUGUAGCUCUAUAGCACAUACACUUAAUGAAAUCCUACUCCUAGAAACAUUUAGUGUCUAUUUAAUGAACAAUGAAGUCAUGUAUACCCCGUUUAGGAACUUCCACCAUUUUAAUGCUCAGUAGUUGAGUUUUUUUUUUUUUUGCACAAACACAUUUACAGUGACUUGAACUUUCUGUGGACCCAGUGCUAAACGCUGCAAAUUUGUUUGGGGGGGGGAAAAAGUAAAACUCGUUGCAAAAACAAAAAAUAAAUAAAAAACACAAAAAUAAAAACGUGAAGUGUUUCACAGCUAGAGGAAUGUGCUGAAGCAAGUCUUUGGAAUGCAUUGUUUUUUGUUUUUACAUACAGUAUCACAAGUAUCAAUAAAGCUUGUAGACCUUAACUUGUUUAAACUUA